UUCCAUGAAUUUCUUGAGAUUUGGGGGAAUUCUUUUUUCUCAUAUUGAAAUAGUGAUUCAUAUCAACAUGGGAGUUUAGGGUUUUCAAUUUCUCAGAGAAUAGAUAUCAUCAUCAUCUUCUAGUAUUAUGAAAGUAAGCAAAAAUUAGAAAUUUGGGGAGGUUUUUCGUUUCAAGACUUCAACAGAUAUUCUCAUCAUCAUCAACAAUUUCUACACUCAAAGGUACUUCCUUUUCCAUUUUUUACUUCUGGGUUUUCCAACUACAAAGAAUAAUUCUCUGAGAUAUUGAAAUUUAGGGAUUUUUCUUCUACUCACAGUGCAGAUUAGCGUUUUGAACAUCAAAUUUAGGGAUUUUGGGGGGUUUUCUUAGAUUUUCAGAUUAGGUUAAAAGAAUGGAAGAAACAAGGAAUGCACCAUAUUCUGAUGGGGAAGAUAGAAUCAAUAGGUUACCAGAUGAACUAAUUCAUUACAUCCUGUCUUUCAUUGAUACUAAGUAUGCAGUCCAAACUAGUGUUUUGUCGAAAAGGUGGAUUCGUAUCUGGAAAUCUUUACCUUUUCUAAAAUUCAUUAGGAGUUCGUUUUCAAAUGAGAAUACUAAGGGGUUCAUAGAAUUUGUUUAUAUGGUAUUCGCACUCCGCGAUAAAACCGAUAUUCAGAAGUUUAGUGUGGAUUGGGACGACUCUUUAUUUGAUAAUACGGUGAUAAUGAAUGUUCAUAGAUAGAGCCUUAGUGCCGUCAGAUAUGGUGUUCAAGAAAUAAGCAUAAUCAUCGAGCAAUUGCAUAAUUCAGCAUAUGAAAUUCCUCACCGUCUUCUUAAUCGCGAGUCACUGAGAAAGCUGGAGAUACAAGGGUUCCAUCCUGCCAGAUAUGUAGAUAUUACUCUGCCAAGAUCAAUUAAUUUACCUCAGCUUAAAGAACUGACCAUGUAUGGAUUCUCAAUCUCCAAUCUAGAAUUAUCUAAAGGAUUCUUUUCAAGUUGUCCGGUUCUUGAAACGUUAAACACAAUCGGUUCUGAUGUACAAAUGGAUAACCAUUGGAAUUUUACUGUUGAUUCUCUCAGCCUUAAGAAGUUUUCAUACACUUGUUCGCAUAAACAUCUUUUGCCGGAAAAUGAUAAUGUGACAAACAUUAUUAAGUUAUGUGCUCCGAAUCUGGAAGACUUCUUUUGCAGUUUCUUCUUGACACCAAAUUAUUCUCUAGAAAUCUCUUCUCCACUGUCUGGGGUAAGUUUUCAGGUGAGACUCAAUGCACAAAAACAAGAUGAGAAUGCAGAAACAUAUGAAAAACUUCCUUCGAAGGAGAAAGCUGUGUAUGCUAAACGUAUGUUGAAAUACCUAGGAGCGGUUUCGAUGGUGAGAGACAUGGGAUUAUCACCUGGUUUCCUUGAGGUUCUCUCACAAGCUCCUGACUUAUUAAGCUGCCAACAACUUCGCUUUUAUAAUUUGCAAGAUUUGUCGCUGCUAAUGUGGCUUACAAGAGGUUCCUUGCGGGCUAUAGCAUACCUACUCAGCAUUUCUCCUAAUAUAACUAGACUUUUUCUUGAAUCCAAGCAGUCAACUUUAACGGGCGUUGGAGAUGACUGGGAAACAGGAUUGUCAUUGCCGGGAAUGCUGUCUCACCUCAAGUAUGUCGAGUUGGAAGAAGCGGAAGGAUGUGAUGCUGAACUAAAACUUCUGAGUUUUUUGUUGAAAAAUGCAAAGGUUUUGGAGAAAGUUGUUAUAUUCUUUUGUUCUAGAGUUGACUUGCCUAAUAAAUCUAGAGUGAGACAAGUUGAGCAAUUUAAGGUUAAGCUGAGAGCAGUUCCUACAGCUUCAUCAAGUAUCAAAAUAGUGUUUUAUUAGAACUUAGUAGGUGAGAAGUUAUUAGGUGAGAAGUUCUGUGAACUUUUACUAGAACCUGCAACAAACAUUAGACAGAUGAGAAGUUAUUAGAAGUUAUACUCGGUCAGCAAGCAAUACUUGCAACAGAUGCACUGUGAACAAGGACUUCCCUUGCGAAAUUAAGUAGUUUGGUUUGAUGUUUUCUUCUAUCGUUUUUACAGAAUGCCUUCUUCUGUAAAUUAAUUUUAAUAUCCAAAUGUCUAUUUGGGAAUUCGUUAAAUGUUAUCAUGGCUGGUUC